AGAAGCAGCACGAGAAUCUCGCAGUGUCGAAUCUCGCCGGUCGUCUUUCGUAGUUCUUUUCGGAAUCGUCGUUGUAUCGUCGUCGUCGUGACACCACGUAUCUUCGAUCGGUCGUUAAACGAGCACAAAAACCGGGAACGUCGUCGUGUAUAGAACGCGUGUCGUGUUAUAAAAUCCUCCGACCGUUACCCCCGGUACUUGUGCGUGCGAUCGCAGAAACGUGUUUCGGCUUUUUCGACUCGAUUUCCGUGGGUGUCCCCGACCACGUGACACCGUACAGAUCCCGAGAGUACUAUUAACACCGGAAAGUGCGAGUCUCCCCGAGAAAGAUUUUUCUUCGAACUGUCGUUUCUGUUCCGAGUGAAUCCGCCGAUCGAUUAUCGUUGUCCCCUGCGAGCUGCUCACGAACGAGAACAACCGAGGUCGUCGUACGCGUGCUUGGAGCCACCUUUGCUACAGGCAGAAAACGAGAGACCGGAUCAGCUUUCGUUCCCGUGAAUCGUUCAAUCAUGGAGAUGGCGAAUCGCAACGUCGAGGAACGGUUGCCGGAAUCGGAGACGAGGAAGGUCUUGGCUGACAACGGGGAUGCGACCAAGGACGAGCCGGCGACAACAAGGAACCAGACGAUCAAACCCGUCGAUCCCGGCCAGGUUCUUCCUCUGAUGCAGUGUGGCUCCCUGGAGAUCGGCGAGGAACGCCAGCGUCGGGUCGCAAUGAUGGAGUCCCUCUGCCAGGUGAACAGCACCAAGACCAAUGCCGGCAACGGUGCCAACGAGACGAACAACACCAACAACACGAAUAACAACAACAACAACCCGGACUGCCCGGAUCCCCAGCAAAGGCUGGCGGUGCUCAGUUUCGAGCAAGUGCGUCGAUUGAACGACGUGAUGAACGAGGUGGUCUGCAUUCACGGUAGAGGAAACUUUCCCACCCUGGAGGUCCGUCUUAGGGACCUGGUGACCGUAGUACGAAGCAAACUGGAGACCGACCCGAGCAACGGCGGCGCUGGAAUGAGGGUACGGGAUAUCCGAUUGAACGGUGGCGCGGCAUCCCACGUUUUGGCCACCGAGUCCCAACCGUACAACGACCUGGAUCUGAUCUUCGCGGUCGAGCUGUCGAGCGGGCGAAAUUACGACAAGGUGAAGGCCGCGGUGCUCGGCUCCCUGUUCGAUCUGCUCCCGGAAGGCGUCAGCCGCAAACGUAUCACCACGUGCAGCCUGAAGGAGGCGUACGUGAGCAAAAUGGUGAAAGUGAACAACGACGGUGACCGAUGGUCCCUGAUCUCGUUGGGCAAUUCACGGGGUCAUCGGAACGUCGAGCUGAAAUUCGUCGACACGAUGAGGCGGCAAUUCGAGUUCUCCGUGGACUCGUUCCAGAUCGUGCUCGACUCCCUUCUGUUGUUCUACGAGUGCAGCAAACUGCCGAUCGGCGAGAACUUCUAUCCGACCGUGGUCGGCGAGUCUGUUUACGGUGACUUUCAGGAGGCCCUCUACCAUCUACACAAGAAACUGAUCUCGACGAGGCAUCCGGAAGAGAUACGGGGCGGUGGUUUGCUCAAGUACUGCAAUCUUCUCGUCAAGAUGUACAAACCGUCCCAGCCCGACUACAUAAAGACCCUCGAGCGAUACAUGUGCUCGAGAUUCUUCAUCGAUUUCCCCGACAUCAGCCAGCAACGGGCCAAACUCGAGAACUAUCUGUGGAAUCAUUUCGUUGGACCCGAGGAAGAGGCGCUCAGGUAUCAAUAUCUGAUGCUGUUGCACAGCGUCGUAGAGGAGUCCACGGUGUGCUUGAUGGGCCACGAAAGACGACAGACCCUAGCUCUGAUCGAGAGCCUCGCCUACCAGGUGUUGUGCCAGGAGCAACAGCAACGGCUUACGAACCAUCAACAGGCGCCGCCCGGCCCGCCUGCCACCUACGUUUACGCGAACGGUUAUUAUUACGCUCCCGUGAUACCCACCGCGUGUUACACGUGCACCUGCAACUCGUGGAUGGCGUGCUCGUCGUGAUGCGACACAGACGCCAACGCCAUCGUCGCCACUAGCACCGCCAUCACCACCGCCAUCACCACCUUCGGAAGAGUCGUCGGCUACGGUGCUGCCACCACGGUCCCAACAAACAACAGCUCCGGGACUAACGACGACGCUGUCGCUGCUGGGAUCGAUCGAGACGAUUGCAACCUUCUUCAACGUGCACGAUCAUCCCGCCACGAUCGUAGCCCCUGUGAUUCAGUGGAUCAAAAGAACGACGCACCGAUGACGUCGAUCUUCCACGAUUGCUGUGGGCCAAACGAAUCACUGGUCCUCAGUUGACGCUCGGCGGUCCCGUCGAAACACACAAAAACGGUCCAGAGCGUGACGUAGACGAGGCUACUAUCUCAGCCACGUCGGUACGAAAGAGAACAAGUACGCGGGAUCGUGGACGGUGAUGGUGGAGAGCAUUCGGAGAGAAUUCUAUCGUGUCCGUUGCUAAGAUGACGACUGGCGACCAAGAUCGUGGGGGGAAGACUGUGAGAGUCGGAAACUAGGAGGAUUUUUUCGUGCACGUCUUUCUUCCCCCUUGGCCCGACGCGAAUCAGCUGUGUACAGAGGUGUUGCGGUGGAAAUGGCUCAGAGUUGUACGAGGGGGGGGGGGAUAGAUGGACGGGUAGGAUCGGAAAUCCACGAUGGUAUAACUCGCUGCUACACGGUCGUAGGGGAUCAACUGAGAGACUACAAGACUCCAACGCGAAAUGAGAUACAAAGUAAACAAAUGUGUUGUUGUGCCUAACAUUCGAAACGGGAGAGACGGAACGCAUCUAGACACGCGAAUAUUGUAUAUGUAUAUAUAUAUAUUAAAAAACUAGAGGGAGACAGAGAAAGAGAUACACGGGGAUCGAAGAUGGAAGAGACUCGGUGAUACACGGUAUAUACAUAUAUAUAUUUGGACGCUAUUUGGGCGCGCGUCUAGACGGACGUGUGUUUUCACGGUAUAACUGUUAACGAAAAAAAAAAAAAAUAAAAAUAAAAAAAAAAUAUAAAACAAACUUGUGCGCGGCGGGUUGCUUCGGGAUACUAUUCGUCGCUGCGACGUGUCCUUUUCACGGAGUCGUUCUGAAAACGGAAGCUGGGACGAUUCGAUGGAUGACACGGAGCAGCGGGACCAGCUGUGAGAUGGGAUCGAAAUGGAUGAAGGAGUUACAGAAGACGAGGAGAAAAACGAAUCCGGGCGACGAAACUCGCGGGAGUCACGACUGAAACAGAAAUUUCUCUAUACAUAUAUACAUAUUAAUACAUCACGAAAGCGUCUUAGCGUGUUCCGGUCGCCCCCUCUUUCUUUUCCAAAAAUCGAAAAAAAAAAAGAAAAAAUUAAAAAAAAAAAU